CAGGGGGAGUGUUCUGUUCUGUGCUGAAAAGAGAAAGGCAGAGAGAGAAAAAACAAAUCUUUCUUGUGUUCCACGAGAGUAUCUGGAUUUUUUUUAUUAUUAUUAUUAUUUUGCUGACAAACUGCGGGGGAAAAUGAGAACUUUUACCGGAUUUUGUUUUCGAGGCUUUGUGGAACUUUUCCACGCGUGACGCGCAGCCAUGUGCUGUUCCACAUCCAGUCCAGCAGCACCGUGGCGUUAUGAUCGUAUCUCAUGUCUUCCAAUAUUUAUCACAGAACUGGAUUUAAAUGCAGGAGAAACUGUUUUGCGUUGUUUUGGACCGGAUAUAGUGUGGGUUGGGGCAGAGAUGCGUAAUGAGAAGAACGAGCUCCAUCUUCUUUCCAAAUAGGCAGCGUUCAGCACCACAAAAUGUCUAAAUCGGAGGUGAAGAAGGAGUCUGUCGAGGAGUUCAGCCCGUCGGAGGCCUCCUGCCUCUGUUCCCCUCCGGCGGCCAAAAACCAGUGCGCGAGCUGUGGCAUGGAGAUCCAAGACCGAUACCUGCUGAAGGUGAACAACUUGAACUGGCACCUGGGUUGUUUGGAGUGUUCAGUGUGCAGAGCCUCACUGCGCCAACACAGCAGCUGCUACGUCAAAAAUAAAGAAAUCUAUUGCAAACUGGAUUAUUUCAGUAGGUUCGGCACUAAAUGCGCCCAGUGCGGGCGUCACGUGUACGCCAGUGACUGGGUGCGGCGGGCCCGGGGCAGUGUGUACCACCUGGCCUGUUUUGCCUGUUUCUCCUGUAAGAGGCAGCUGUCCACUGGUGAGGAAUUUGGUCUGGUGGAGGGACGGGUGCUGUGCCGGAGCCACUACGAUGUCAUGCUGGAGAACCUGCGCAGAGCUGCUGAAAACGGCACAGGACUGACUUUGGAAGGAGCUCUGCCCUCCGAUCAGGAUUGCCAGCCGAAACCGGCUAAGAGGGCGCGGACAUCAUUCACUGCAGAACAGUUACAGGUGAUGCAGACCCAGUUUGCACAGGACAACAACCCCGAUGCUCAGACUCUGCAGAAACUGGCAGAAAUGACAGGACUCAGCAGGUCUGGUUUCAGAACUGCCGUGCCCGACACAAAAAGCAGCCCCCACAGAACAGUUACUCUCAGAGCGCACCGCUGUCCAGAAUGCCUUCAUCACUACCAGAAGAAAUCCAGUAUUCACCAUUCAGCAGCCCGGACCGGCCACAUCUCCUGGCCCUGCAUGGAUACCUGGACAGUCAUCCCUUCUCUGUGCUCGCUCCUGGUCACCUGACCCAUCCGUCUAUCUCUUUGCCACAGCUUCCCAUCAGCCGCUGACCCCCCCCCCCCCCCCCCCCCUUGUCUGCCUUUGGUCUGAUGUUGUGAGUAAUCCUUUGGGACGCAUGCUGUAAAUGUCUUGGACUCUAAUCCUCCGACGGCAGGAUCUCAGUCGGUCGGAUGCCUUGUUUCAGGACUGCCAUAGACUGACUGACGUUUUAGUAAAAACUGAUCAGACUGUGCUGAUUGGACAAACGUCUGGCCUCCACUCUGGUACGGGAGCUUUGUUUUUGUAUGACGCAGAGAAGAUGACCACUUUGAUUUGAUUUUACGUGUUGAUGAUGGGACACAAAGCAUUGCAUCAGGUCAGAAUCUUUUCCUUCCAUUUACUCACUCACAAAGUAUUUCAGGGCUGCAGUAUAAGCUUUCAAAGGAAAAAAGAAAAGGAGUGUUCUAGCAGUAUUUUAAACCUCAGCAUUUUUUUGUAACGUGACAAGCACAUUUGAAUCUUUACUGUGGUUUGUUGUUGUAUUGUUGACAGAAAACCAGAAACUCUUAUUUAUUCAGAAUGAAACUACAGAAAAAGAAGCACUUUUAAAUGUGUCUUGAAGUGAAAUAAUUCAAGUGAUUGUACAAUGUAAAUACUGCCGCGGUUUAAUAAAAUGUAUGAACCUUUUAA